CAGCCAGAAGCAGCUGAUUGCCAGCUCCAGGCUGCCUGCCUCCAGCCCAGCCCUAAUCGGCCUGAUCUCAGGCUGCCACUGGGGCCAUGGCAGCUGCUGAAAGCAGUGGGGACAUUUUUCCAAGGUAAUGAUUAAGCCGAGUGCCUGGCAAAGGCACAGGCAGCCGGCAGGAAGGUGAGUCCAUUCACACCUCGACCGGGCUGCAGUGGCUGGGACUGGUUUGGGACAGCAGGGCCCCAGGGCACGAGGGCCCCAAGCUGGCAGCCACAGCCUCCCUGGACACGGGACGUCUGAGAGCAUCUCGGGCCAGAGCCGCUGCUGCCCGCCCUGCUGGGCCGCUGCCCUUGCCCCGGCACCAUGAAGCUGCAGGUGUUCUGGACGGGGCUGGAAUACACCUGCCGGCUCCUGGGCAUCACCACCGCUGCAGUGUUGAUCGGCGUGGGCACCGAGACCUUCCUCCAGGGGCACUUCAAGAGCCUGGCCUUCUACCUGCUGAGCUGGACCUGUGGAGUCAGCAGGACGCCUCUUCUGCCCCCACUCUCCCUUCCAUGUCGGCAUCCUAAGGAGCCCCCCUGCCUCAGACAAGCUCUCCAAUGUGCGAGGUUCACGGGAGCCACUGUCGCCGUGUGCGAAGGGGCCUACUUCGUGGCUCAGCUGCUGGCCAUCUGCUUCCAGUGUCAGCCAGGGUCCCUGGCAGCCAGAGCGAGGGAGAAGGCCCGCUGGCUGGGCUGCUUCCAGAAGUUCCUGGCCUACCUGCUGCUGUCCGUGGCCUGCUUCCUCCACCCCGUCCUGGUCUGGCACGUGACCAUCCCAGGCUCCAUGCUGGUCCUCACUGGCCUGGCCUACUUCCUGCUCAGCAAGCGGAAGAAGAGCAGGGCCGCGCCCGCAGUGCUGGCCGCCCAGGAGCAGUACACGGACCCCUCCAGCAGCGCCAGGAGCACCACCGGCUCCGGGGACACCGAGCAAACCUACACCUUCCACGGAGCCCUCAGGCAGGGGCCCGGCUCCCUCCUCGCCCACAUGAGGUGCAUCCUGAAGGGGACCAGGACGCCCAGCGCCUCCCAGCGCCCGGAGGCCCCCACCGAGCUGACUCUGGAGCCAGCUGCCUCACUGCCGAAGAAGCAGGUGCGCUUUGAAGACAGUGCAGCCAGGAUCAUUCCUGCCCUCGCGGCCGGCCUGGACAGCGAGGACAGCGAGCCGGAGCCGGAGGAAGCCAGCUCGGACACCACCCCCAUCAUUCCUCCCCCGCAGGCUCCAUCCUUCCUGUCUUCUCUCUCGGGCAGCAGCCUCUUCUGAGCUGCGGGCUCCAGCCGGGGACACGCUCGACAAGGGUCUGCGCAGACUGAUGGCCCUGCCUGGAGCUCCCUCACAGCGUGGCCCUCGGGGAGCCCGGUCUUCGUAGGCCGGCUCUUCAAGGGGUGACCAGGCAUCCUCCACUGGCCCCCCUGGGCCAUCGAGUGACAUGAUGGGGUGCAAACGAAGCCAUGCUGGCAUAGGUCCUUCCUCCUGGACACGGAGUGAGGAAAUCCUUGUGCUUUUCCCAAAGCGACCAUCACUCCCGCUUCCCACAGGCUGCCUCGGCCCCAGGAGAAGCCACCAGGCUCCUGCUGCGCCGGACACAGCGCCCAGCACUCAGCAAGCCCCCGGACUCAUCACCCAGCUCUGAAGGCCAAGGAUGUGCUGGCAACUUGGCCAUGUCCACAGGCAGUUGUUGAAGGCACCAUGAGCCCCAACCCUGAACUGAGAUUGGGGGAUGGGGAGGGAAGGCCAGGCCACAGGCCCUGGAGGCAGAGAGCAGUGCCCAGCAGCGGCCUGUGUCCUCUGUGCUCUGGGCUGGCGCUGGGCACGGGUGUCACAGAGCCUCUCCGGAAAGCAGCCGGCCAGGUGGUGGUGCUCACUCCAGGCGCACCGCUGAGGGCUCUCUGCAUGGCCGCCAUACCAACCUUGCCAAGGCCCCAAGUAGACGGUGUGAACAAAAAGAUCCCGGUAGCCAUCGAGAGCUUCCGCAGUGAAAGCCGCUGCAGGAGGCCGCGCCCGCUGCACAUAAGGGCCAGAGGCUGUGCCCUGAGACGCGCGCACAGCACAGAGACGUGGCUCUGCCACACGGAGGUGCCCGGCAGCAGAACAGGGGGUAGAGACAGGUUUAAAGGGGAGGGGAGGGCUGGCAGGAGCAGUACUCCCCCCAAGAGGAGGGACUUCAGGAUUUGAGUCAGUCAGAGGAGAGUGAAUGGCAUGGAACAUGGGUAUGGGUAGGGGGCCAGCUCUCUACAAGCCAUGGAAGUGACAGUUAACCCAGACGGAGCAAAGACAUUAACCAGAUAAUCCUUAGUUAAGGAUUUGCAGGACGGCUUUCAUUUCUAAAACGUGUCCUUGGGUCCAUGGGAUUGCUGCAAGGAGAGCAAACACACUCUUCUUCAUGGACCAUCUCAAUUAACGAGCAACCCAGAGAGAGGUAACGGCUCCGAGUUCGUCUGUGUGAGCAGCCACGGCUCCCCAAAGUCUGCCGAGGACCACGUGCUCUGCGGUCCAGAGAAGAGAUGUGCUCUUUCUUGUAUGCUUUGCAACCCCGCCCCCCGCCCCGCCCUCCCCUCCACUGCUUACAGAUUAGUUUGCAAAUGUAUGGAAAUAGCCAAAGCUAGGAUCAGUUUGGCACCAAGUGUCCCAAAUAAGCGGAUCUCUUCCUGCAGUAACUCACCUCUUGUGUAAAACCAAGUGGGAAAAAAGACAAACAUUUCCACAAGCCCUCCGCGGUGGAAGUAGUGGAGGUGUUUCUUUAACUGCAAGAGGAGGGACUUCAGGAUUUGAGUCAGUCAGAGGAGAGUGAAUGACAUGCAAUGUGGGUAUGGGGAGGGGAACUGUGCCCAGUUCCCAAUGGGGAGGUGGCCUAGAUGGGAGCCCAAACCAGGGGGAGCCGGGCCCUGCACCUGCCCUGUGAGAGGGGUGGUGAUGAGCCCAGCGUGAUGCAGGCGGCCUCUGCGGACCCGGUGCUCCCACUCCAUUCCCGAAGUCCGGGCAGCAGAGCUGGGUAGGUGGCCAGGUCACGUGCAAGAAGCACACCCGGAGGGGAAUGUGAAUAAACAUUUCUUACACCCA